CCCUUUUGUCUUCCUUCUCAUUUGAAAUGAAAAAUGAAGACAUUGCAAGUUGCAGCUGUUCUUCUCCUGCUCCUGUUUUCUGGGCAAUCUCUGGCACAUACGGUAACAUUUUAUGUACACAACAAGUGUCCCUUUCCUAUAUGGCCAGCAACGGCCCCAAACACCGGCCAUCAGGUGAUAGCCAAUGGAGGAUUCUAUCUCCCUCCAGGCCAGACGCAACGGUUUGAGGCACCCUGGUCGUGGAACGGAAGAAUUUGGGCUCGGACGGGUUGCAAGUUCGACUCUAAUUGGCAACCGGCUUGUGAAACUGGGGACUGCGAUGGAAGGCUCCAAUGCAAUGGACUAAUAGGAAUGCCUCCUGCCACUUUAAUCCAAGUUGCACUUCAAGGUGAUAAAGACAAGCCAAAUUUCUACGAUGUUAGCCUGGUCGACGGCUACAACCUUCCCGUUUCGGUCGGUACACGACCUUUUUCGACCAAAUGCGCCAUCGGAGGCUGCUCGAAAAACCUGAACAACUUGUGCCCUCAAGAGCUUCAAGUUGUUAACAAAAAUGGGGAAGUUAUUGCUUGCAAAAGUGCUUGCUAGGCGUUCAACGUCGACUCGUUUUGUUGCAGAAACAAGUACGGGACACC